ACAGACCGUCUGCAGACGCCUGUCAGCAUGGAAAGUCGGGGGCUUUCGCCCGGGUCCUCCUAGAAAUCCCCCCGAAGAAGGCUCUUGAAAGCUCCCCCACAUCUGGGUAUGGAGAGUGCAAUCACGCUGUGGCAGUUCCUGUUGCAGUUGCUGCUUGACCAGAAACAUGAGCAUUUGAUCUGCUGGACCUCAAACGAUGGUGAAUUCAAGCUCCUCAAAGCAGAAGAAGUGGCCAAGCUGUGGGGACUCCGAAAAAACAAAACAAAUAUGAACUAUGACAAGCUGAGCAGAGCCCUGCGAUACUAUUAUGACAAGAACAUCAUCAAGAAGGUGAUUGGGCAGAAGUUUGUGUACAAGUUCGUCUCCUUCCCGGACAUACUGAAAAUGGAUCCUCACACGGUGGAGAUCAGCCGGGAGAGCCUCCUGCUGCAGGACAGCGACUGUCAGGUGCCUCCCGAGGGCCGCGAGGCCCACAAGCAUGGCUUGUCCGCCCUCAAGAGCGCGAGCCGCAACCAGUACAUCCACUCGGGCCUGUACUCGUCCUUCACCAUCAACUCCCUGCAGAACGCCCCCGAUGCCUUCAAGGCCAUCAAGACGGAGAAGCUGGAGGAGCCGCCCGAAGACAGCCCCCCUGUGGAAGAAGUCAGGACUGUCAUCAGGUUUGUGACCAAUAAAACCGACAAGCACAUCACCAGGCCCGUGGUGUCACUGCCCUCCACGUCGGAGGCCACAGCGGCGUCCGCCUUCCUGGCCUCGUCGGUCUCGGCCAAGAUCUCCUCUUUAAUGUUGCCAAACGCCACCAGCAUCUCGUCCGCUUCACCCUCCUCAUCUCGGUCCCCAUCCCUGUCCCCCAACUCGCCCCUCCCUUCCGAGCACAGAAGCCUCUUCCUGGAGGCCGCCUGCCAGGACUCGGAUUCUCUGGAGCCCUUGAACCUGUCAUCGGGCUCCAAGACCAAGUCUCCAUCUCUUCCCCCAAAGGCCAAAAAGCCCAAAGGCUUGGAAAUCUCCGCGCCUCCGCUGAUGCUCUCCGGCACCGACAUUGGCUCCAUCGCCCUCAACAGCCCAGCCCUCCCCUCGGGCUCCCUCACCCCAGCCUUCUUCACUGCACAGACACCAAAUGGAUUGCUUCUGACCCCGAGUCCACUGCUAUCCAGCAUACAUUUCUGGAGCAGCCUUAGUCCAGUUGCUCCACUGAGUCCUGCCAGGCUGCAAGGGCCAAACACAUUGUUCCAGUUCCCCACACUGCUUAAUGGCCACAUGCCAGUGCCAAUUCCCAGUCUGGACGGAGCUGCUUCUCCAGUACUGCUUUCUUCGAACUCUCAGAAAUCCUGAUGACGUCUGGCCGCAAUUAAGGACUCAUUAACUGAUUAAACAAAUUUGUCCCCAUGGGCUAGUUUACCUGUGUCAUGAGAAGGACAUUGUGAAACCCUCUGUUAAUUUGGUUUGCACUUUUCAUAACAUGGAUAGUCUAGAUUUAUGUUAGCAUUUUAAAAACUGUUUUUUUUUAUAUAUUCAAGUAUAUAUGAAAAUCUGUUUUGCAUUAAGUGAAUUUUAAUGUUUUUGUUUUUAUAUCCUUGUAGCUCUUAAGUGUUGAA